UGGCUUGUGAGCUGCAGCCAUCCCGAAGAAAGUGCAGUUGGGGGCCCGAAGUGCAACAUGUUACGCGCCUUCUCCCGCCCCGGAGCCCUCCUGGGCCGCGCCUCGACGCUCAAAACCACAACAACAACGCCCUGGUUCAAGCAAACCAACGCGCUGCAGACGCUGCUCGCGCCGGCGAAGAGCCUCGCGCGCCCCGGCGCCGCGGCGGCGCUGCGGCCGGCGGCCUGGCGCGCGCCGCUCGUCGCGCGGGCCGUGCCCGUGCGCUGCCUCUCUGCCGUCGUGCCCGACGAGAAGAAGCCCGCGGCCGCGGCCGCGCCGCCGGCGCCGUUCGACCCGAACAAGACGAUGGGCAUGCUCGAGACCGUGGGCGGCGUCCAGCGGGACCGGUCGUCGGCCCAGCUCUUCGCGUCGUCGUUCCUCGGCGGCGCCAUGCUGAGCUGGGGCUCCAUCCUCAUGAUGGUCGUCGCCGGCGGCGCGCCGUCGCUCGCGGCGGACCCGGGCCUCCAGUCGCUGCUCCGGGGCAUGGUCUUCCCGCUGGGCCUGAGCCUCAUCGUCCUCAGCAAGAGCGAGCUCGUCACGGCGAACUUCCUCACGCAGUACCUGCCGAAGCCGUCGCCGGACGCGCUCCGCGUGCUCUCGGUGUCGUUCGCCGCGAACCUCGCGGGCUCGCUGGCCAUGGUCGGCCUCGCGUCGUCGGCCUGCCUCUUCACGCCCGGCGCGGCGGCGCUCCUCGUCAAGGCCGCCUCGGGCAAGGCCGCCCUCGCGCCGUCCGUCGCCUUCCUCAAGGGCGUCGGCGCGAACUGGCUCGUGAACCUGGCCGUCUUCCAGGCCGCGAGCUCGCCGACGGCGCCGGGCAAGAUCGCCGCGCUCUGGCUGCCCAUCAUGACCUUCAUCACGCUCAACCUCGAGCACUCCGUCGCCAACAUGUUCCUCCUGCCCAUGGCCUCGGCGCUCGGCGCCGAGUUCACCGUCGCGGACAUGGCCGCGAACAUCGGCGUCGUCGCGGCGGGCAACGCCGCGGGCGCCGUGCUCCUCGUCGGCAUGCUCCAGAAGUUCUCGCUCUUCGGCGAGCAGAAGUAGGCGACGAGCGACCGCGCCGCGGACCAAGCCGCGGCGCCCCGCCGCCUGCGCAUAAGAAGAACCGCAUCGUGGCUGGC